AACAACAAAAAGAAGAAAAAAAGAACUGACAAAAAGCACAAGAAAAGAAGGAAGAUUUAACUCAACUGUAUCCCCACGGGCAAUGUCCAAGAAAAGUUUUUGUUUGUUUGUGGUAAUGUAAGGAAAAGCCCCCUUCCAUAAGAAAGCCAAGUUAAGAACGUUGAAAACGUAGAUUAUAGAAUUCAUUUGCUAGUGCACAGAGAACUUAUCCCUCAGAGCCAACAAAAUGCAGCCACCGCCACGUAAGGGUAACUAUGUAAAGUUCCUUAAGAAUUUGCAUACAGAGCAGGUGGCCAAGUUGCAGUUAAAGAAUCAACAUGAAUGCGAUCUGCUGGAAGAUAUACGUCAAUUUACCAUCAAGCGUUCGGCCAUUGAGAAAUCAUAUAGUGAGGCCUUACUCAAGAUAUCGUCGCAGUAUCUUAAUAAGAAGAUACCCAAUAUACCCGACAUUAAAAUGGAGGGCAUGGAGGAGCGCUGGAACAUGUGGAGCGUUUGGCGCACGGUUCUCGAGGAGAACGAAAAGCUGGCACGUGCCCGUUUGGCUGCCAUUGAGGUGUUCCAGCAGCAAAUUGCCGAUGAGGCCAAAGUUUUGAGAGACUAUAAAUUGGCCAUUGCGAAGCGUUCGCUAUCGGGCAUUGUUAAUGUCCAAAAGGAGCUGCAUCUGAGUGUCGGCGAUGUGGAUAAGACCAAGAAAUCAUAUUUCGAUGAGGAGCACUGUGCCCACGAUGUACGUGACAAAGCACGCGACAUUGAGGAGAAGUUGAAAAAGAAAAAGGGCUCAUUCUUUCAAUCGAUCACGUCGCUGCAGAAGAAUAGUGCACGGGUCACUUCGCGGAAGGAAUUGCUCGAGGAGAAAUCAUCGGGAGCCAGAAAUGAUUACAUUUUGAGCCUGGCGGCGGCCAAUGCUCAUCAAAAUCGUUAUUUCACUGUUGACCUACAGACAACAAUGACCACCAUGGAGAAUUAUGUGUUUGAGCGGGUUGCCGAAUAUCUUAUGCUAAUGGGACGCACAGAACUAUUGACCUGCUCGGCCACACAGAACAGUUUUGGCAAGAUCCGUGACCAGGCCCAGCAGUUGACACGGGAAUACAAUCUGCAGUGCUGCUAUCUAUUCUAUCCGGUGCUCAAGCAGCACAUUCAAUACGAUUUCGAGGCAUGCGACAAUGAUCCAGUGAGAAAGGUAACCACUGAACAUGAUUCGGCUGCCGAGACUCUCACCAAAGAGGCCAAAAAUUUGGCCGGACGUGUGGUUAAGGAGAAUGCCUCGAUAAGAGAGAACGCCAAGAAAUUGGCAUUGUGUCAGUCAUUGCGUGACUCUGGUCAGCGCAGCGAUCCCAAUGAUCCAAAUGGACCCGAUUUGGAUACAAAGAUCGAAGAGUUCCGCGAUCAAAUACGUCGCUCGGAAACAGAAAAAGCCAAGGCGGAGGCAUGUUUGCAGUGCCUACGUGAUGGUGGCAUUAAUGUGGACGAAUGGGUCCAGGAGGCUGAAAUUAUGGGUGUGCAGGAGUUGACACGUUCGGCCAGCUCCAUAUCGAUGCGCACGGAUGCUUCGGGUCAGGGCGAGAAUCCUAGUUCCGAUUCAUUCUAUGACAGUGACAAGGAGGAGACCGCUGUAGCGGCGGGAGCAGCAACAACAUCCCAGGCAAAGGCAAACAAGCAGGAGCAGCAAUUGUCACGGGAUCGGACAUUUAGCGACAGCGAUGACGAUACUGAGGAGAGGGCAACACCAGCAGCAUCUGGAGCUUCAGCAUCCGCAGCAGCUACUGCUGCUGCCAUGUCGAGUGCUGGAGGUGCAACUGGUGGCUGGGACGAUCCCACCGAGGUAAAUUGGGGGGCCGAAGACGAUGAUGACAAGGACGAACCGAUUGUACCCGAGCCCAAGGAGGCCAUCUUCAAGUGUACGGCACUUUAUAGCUAUACGGCUCAAAAUCCCGAUGAGCUGACCAUUGUGGAGAACGAACAAUUGGAGGUGGUCGGCGAGGGUGACGGCGAUGGAUGGCUACGGGCUCGCAACUAUCGCGGCGAAGAGGGCUAUGUGCCGCACAAUUAUCUGGAUAUUGAUCAGGAAGCGGCCGGCGUGGCCGCCUUUAAUGGUAGUUCAGGCAAUCAAUUGCGAUCACAAAUCUCAUUCUCAUCUGUCGAUUAUACUGUUGACACUGAAGAUCAAACGGUGGACUCGAUGCAAUCGCCCGAUCAGGUGUCUGUCAUAAUGGCACCGCAAAAGCGCAUUAAAUCGGAUGUGGAAUGGUGUAUAGCUCUCUAUGACUACGAUGCCACCGCCGAGGAUGAGCUGACUUUCGAGGAGGGUGACAAGAUCAAGAUUAUCACAAAGACGGCCCACGGUGUUGACGAUGGCUGGUGGGAGGGUGAAUUGGAUGGCAAAUUUGGUAAUUUCCCAUCUCUGGUCGUUGAGGAAUGCGAUGAAUUGGGUGAACCAUUGAGCGAAGGUGGCGAUGAGUCUCCACCGCCAACAGCACCGCCAUCGUUUGCCCUGCCCCCAGCUCCAGCUCUACCGCCAGAGUAUGCCCAUGAAUUGGAAUUGGAAUUGACGGAAGAUAUGUUUGGAUCGCAGGAUACGGCAGAUGAGGAUAGCGGUUAUAUUCCAAAUGGCGCUGCUGCUGCUCCGAGUAUGCCUCCGCCAGGGCAAACGCAAUCUCUAACAACUGCCAAGAAUGUACUCAUUCAAGAGCCUGGCAUGGAGGACGAUCUCAGUGAUGAUGGCAAGCCGCCCCCAUCGUUGCCACCACCCCAAUUGCCAAAGUCUGGAGCGACUGCGGCGGGAUCUGGUACAGGGGCAGGGGCAGGGGCUGCGGCAGCAGCAGCAGCUGGCAGCGCCAAAGUGAACUCAAACACAUUGAAUUUAGGUAUGGCACAAAUAAUAGUUACCGCUGCAACCCCAAUGGUUGAAGACGGUGCAGAUAAAUCUUUCCCACCAGUAGGAGAGAAGGAGGAACAGCAACAACCACAACCACAAGAAACCACAAAGGAUCAGCAAGCGGAUAAAAAGCCAGAGAUAGCGGCUAAACCGUUGACCAAGAAUACGGUCCCUAAAGAAGAGGAUCAACAAUCCUUUUCCGAGGGCACCGAUUCGGCAUCGGCCUCAGUUGAUAUACCAGUACUGCAGGAGGUCGAUGAUCCCUUCAAUGAGAAAUCGAAUGCGGGAGCAGCCGAUAGCAAGGGCACAUCAGCAUCAUCAGCUGUAGAUGGCGGAGGCAGUGGAGAUGGUUUCGAGGCUAAUUUUGAGGCGAAUUUCGAUGCAAAUUUUGAUGAUGCAUUUGCUAAUGCCGGCAGUGGAGGCGGAGGCGGCGGUGGAGGCGAACAAUCUAACGAUUUGGAUCUAAAUGGUCAAGUUCAUCAAGAGCAAGAGCAGGACUUAACACAAAAUGGACAGAAUCAGGAGCAUAUGGGAGAGGAUAUUGAGGCACCCAAACAGGUGGUCGGCGGUCGAGCUAGCAUACCAGAGGAAUUGGAUUCAAAUCAAUUGGCACACGACCAUGAGCAUGAUACAUACAACUACUAUAUAGACUAUAGCCACGGACAGUUAUAAAGCGGAACACCCGGAACACCAAUCCAAAUAAACCCAAAAUCAACACUCACCACUUAAACCACAACCUACAAUACCCAUUCAAACAUGCCGACACCCACCCAUCCACACACACACACACAUAUACACACACGUACACUCAAAGACACAUAUUCAAUUACACUUACAGAUCCACACAAUAUCUCUAGAUAUACAUAUAUAGUAAAUUGGUUUAUAUAUUCCUUGACUCAGACGGACAAAGCAAAUGGUAAACGAAAAUUUAUUAGCUUUAAUUGGUAACGAUAAAAAAAGAUGAACAUUAUGCAAAAACAGAAAACCUCAGUCGAUUUCCUUUUCGUUCAAAUACAACGAUUACACACACACACACACACACUCACAAUAGCUUAGGCACUAUAUAGUCUAUACCAACGAUUCUACACACACAUAAACAAUAAUUUUUUCUGAGACUGCAAAAACCACUUCAAUAA